AUGGUCUCGCGCAGUCAGGGAUGAUUCACUGAUCUCUGUGUUAAAAAUUUUGUAAUUUUCAGGGAAGACUGGACAAUCCACGUUCUUCACUGACCGCCGCAGUGCUGAUGCCGAGGAUCUCGAGAGCUCUGACCGGUAUGAAAACUUUGUGACAUGUUCCUAGCAAUAACCCCCACGUAGUUCCAGCAAGCCGCGUGCUCCUGCCCGUAACAGCUCCACGCUUCCUCCGAAUCUCGCGCUCAGCAGUCCGGAUCCCCUCAACGCCUACAAGGAAGACGAUCUCGAGCCACUGUCCCGUCCCGGAAGUGCUGCCGAUGACACCACCAACCCGGUUAGAAUUCUAAAAAAAACCUUCCAGUAAACCGUCCAAUUUCAGUAUCACACCGCUGACAACAGCCUCUACCUCACUUCUUCGCAUCACGACUACCAAAAGCAGCAACAGGACAUCACCGCCCGCGAGGAGAGCUUUAAGAUCAUUCACGAGAACCUCAACAGCAUUCUGCAUCAUUUGGUGCUUUUGGACCGCAAGCACGACAGACUUGAGGACGAUGUCAGGAAAGACAUCAAGGUAUACUCGGAGGGACUCGAACAGGAACGCUUCAAGACCACGGUAACUUGGUGAACUCUAAAGAUUCUGACAAUCUCAUAAUUUUGCAGAAACUGGAGGAGAUUCUGAACGAGGCGAUCGAGCUGCAACAGGCUGAGAUUUCGGCGUUGAAGGAACAGAAUUUGAUGGCCACUCGUGUCGACUACCAGCACAACGAUCGUUUCAGAACCAUCGAGGAGAACAUGGAAUCGCUCCAGAAUCACGUGAGCUCUAUCAUCAUUUCCUCUGUUCUAGUUGAUGAAUGAUAUUUGUUCAGAUGGUCAGAAUUGAAAAUGCGCUGAUGGAUGUAAGACAAGUCCGCCUGACGAGCAAUGUGUGGCAGCGUGUGGCCUUGACUGCUGGCAACAUUGUUGUGGAGUUCCUUAAAAUCGCUCUUUUCGUCGUCGCUUCCGUGCUGGACAUGGUCCGUCCGUUGACUGGAUCCAGGUGAGAAAUCGAUAAGUAUAAACUUGAAAAUAAUGUUAUUUUUUAGAAACCGCUCGGCCGUCGCGUUUGCCCUCAUGUUCUUUGCGCUCUUUUUCGGUCAUCACCUCACCAAGCUCAACAUCUUCGGAGGAAGCUCGUCGGAGCCGGGAAACAGUGGUUCCAAGUAG